AGUACUUGGUUUGGAUAACGGUCGAGGGCACGAACAGAAGUUAGAACCAGUUGAACUGCGAGAGGCGAUAGAGGGAAAGAGUGGAGGAGAACCAGAUGGCGUCGUUCCGAUCACUGAGAUCCGAAAUCUUCGACCGAGAAGAGCGAAAACAGCAGUACCAGGAUCACAUUCGGGGCCUCAACGCGUACGACCGCCACAAGAAAUUUCUCCAUGAUUACGUUGGAUUUUAUGGGAAAGAAAAAGCCACACAUGUAAAGUUGCCUGUUAAAACUGAUCAAGACACCCUAAGAGAGGGAUAUCGGUUUAUACGUACUGAGGAAGAUGAUAUGGAUCCUUCUUGGGAGCAAAGGCUGGUGAAGCGUUAUUAUGAUAAGCUUUUUAAAGAAUAUUGCAUAGCCGACAUGUCACACUACAAAAGUGGCAAGAUUGGUCUGAGGUGGAGGACAGAGAAGGAAGUCAUGUCUGGGAAAGGGCAGUUUAUAUGUGGUAAUAAACAUUGUGACGAGAAAGAUGGCUUGGCAAGUUAUGAGGUGAACUUUUCUUACUCUGAAGCUGGAGAAAAUAAACAAGCCCUUGUGAAAUUGGUGACUUGUGAGAGAUGCGCGGAGAAGCUUCAUUAUAAAAGGCGGAAAGAGAAGGAGCAAUCAGAGAAAAGAGAGCAAGAAGAAAACAAACGGAAGAGGAACCGGUCAAGAAGUGAUGAUGAAACAGAUGUCGAGUAUGAAGGGAUCAAGGAGAGGAGAAAAGGGAAAAAGGCUUCAACUUCAACUGAUGAUCGUAAAAUUGAUGACGAUGAUAACUUUGAUGAGUUUCUUGAGGGGAUGUUUCCGUGAGGGACGAACAGCUGAAUGACUGCUGCCAAAUUCAAAGUUCAGUAGUGAAGGGAAGGCUAAAAGUAGACUCCAUUUUCUUAAUCCGGCCUUGCUGGCUAUUCUGGCUAUGCCACUUGCCUCUCCCCUCGGAAACCAGAAUGGUUUGUCUUUUGUUAGUGUACGUGAUAACAACAAACAAACAGCAGCGACAACAGAGGCAAGAGAGAAGCUUUGCUAGGCAGAAAGGUUUUGAUACCUUAUUUAAGAUUGUGACAAUUGGUGAUAUGGGAAUGAAUAGUAACCAUGAAGUAGUAAUGUUUGUGGUUUGUAUUGUAUUGUAUUGUAUUGUAUUGUAACAUGACAUGUCGGUCUGAUUGAGUUCGAAGUUGGUGUACUAUGAAAAUGUUUGGUUGCUUUAGGAUGUGUAUUGGAAUUGCAUUCUACAAGGCAUCGCACCAGGCGUGGCACACAUCUUGGCAUGGCUGCCACAGAGGAUGAGGACAAACAAGAAGCCGUCUACUUGGGGCGCAUCGCUGUUAUCACACCGCUUAAGGGGGCAACGUGUUGAAACAGCUAAAUUUGGGCCCAAUGGUCCACUGAUCCUGACACGUUGUGUAUUAAUUGGCAAUGACAUUUUUAGAUCUCAAUUAAAAUAAAAAUUAAAAUGCUAAAGCCAUGGAUUGUCUUUUGUCA